GACAGGCAGCUGGGCAACCCCUCAUUUAGCUAGAAAAGUAUAAUCUGUCUUUCUGCCAUUCCGAAGACGAACGGUGGACGGAAGAAGUGCGAUUAACACUGUUUUUUUGCUCUCUCGUCAAGUACAAGGCUUUAAUUUAAGUACAAAUGACCCCAAAGUAAUUGAACUGCAUUGCCGGACAGUUGUGUAUUUAUUUUAAAGUGUUUAAUUGUUUGUCCGUCUGAUUUCUAAGUCAGUGAAAGAGCACGUUCUGGUCGCGAAACGGCUACAGCAGGAAUGUGACGUAUGAUCCCAUCCUGUCGUGUUUGCUUCCGUUUGGCUAAUUUGUUCAUGAAAAGAAGUGGAUUUUAGUUCCGAUAAAAAGAAGAAGAUAAAAUCCAUCAGUAAAGCACCGUUUUUACCGAAAUAGAACAUAAGUAUUUUUGGAAUCGAUUUAUUGCCCAACGAUGGCCUCGGGAAGACCCAUUAAGUGUGUGGUUGUUGGCGAUGGAACGGUCGGUAAGACGUGUAUGCUCAUAUCCUACACUACGGACAGUUUUCCCGGUGAAUAUGUUCCCACGGUCUUCGAUAACUACUCGGCACCGAUGGUCGUAGAUGGAGUGCAGGUUUCUCUCGGUCUUUGGGAUACAGCCGGGCAGGAAGACUACGACCGAUUACGACCCUUGUCGUACCCGCAGACUGACGUAUUCCUCAUAUGCUUUAGCGUGGCCAGCCCGUCCUCUUUCGAGAACGUCACGUCCAAGUGGUAUCCCGAAAUCAAACAUCACUGCCCGGAUGCACCGAUCAUAUUAGUUGGAACCAAGAUAGAUUUACGCGAGGAUCGCGAAACGCUGAGCGCUCUGGCCGAGCAGGGUCUCUCGGUGCUGAAACGAGAACAGGGUCAAAAGUUGGCCAACAAAGUCCGGGCCGUCAAAUAUAUGGAGUGCUCGGCUCUGACUCAGCGUGGCCUAAAGCAGGUGUUCGACGAAGCCGUCCGAGCUGUGCUUCGACCGGAACCCCUCAAACGACGUCAACGAAAAUGUGUUGUGAUGUAAGCAAAGUCCGGGGAACCGACCAUCCCGGAGGUUACGAGGAAGUCCUCGGUCAUCUUCCACUUCCCCGGGUUCUACCUUCACGCAGAUAAAUCCUGGAGUUAGACAGCGUGGAAAGGAACAUCCACUAAUCUCUUUGUAAAUAGGAUUAAACUGAAGAUGAACGGGUAUUCCGUUUUAUGAAUGACAUGCUUAAGCUAAGCAGUGCUCGAUUAUCAGUUGAAUAGGUAAACACUUUUUGGACGUUUUUUUUUUUUGUUUUUUUUUAUUUCUUAUAUAUUGUACAAAACUCUUGGAGAUUCCACAAAUCCAGGAAACCUUCACCGAAAACUGGGCAUAUACUAUCUUUUAGACAGUAAUUUCCGAUUUCCGAUACUUUUGUGCCAUGAGAAAAAAAUAUAACAAACUUGGAGACGAGCUGUAUUUCACAGUUUAUUAAUUGAAUACCUCACUUAUGUCAAUCGCAAUAUUUACAUUUUGUUUAUAGCUUUGUCUUUUGAAAUCGUUUGCGCCUGAUCUAAGCAAGCUGUAAUGAAUUUCUUCCUCAGAAACAUGCAACUAAAUGUUGAUGAAAGUUUUCAUCAUCUGCUUUAUUUGGAGAUAAAAAAAAGUAAGAAAACGUGUUAAACUUCAUAAACAUAACGUCAAAAUCUUAACAUGUUAAAGAGUUUAAAGUGUUGAAGCUUACAGUUUGGACUCUGAUAUGGCGCUCGUACAUCACGGACAGAAACUUGCAGAUUUCAGCACACAAAACGUUAGAUAAAAUCCUCAAACAAUGAAAUCCCCUCCCUCCUUGUUUUCAACAGCCGCAACAACCUAGAAAUAAGACUGAACAAUUUAAGCAAAAAAACCAGUUUUCCAAGUAAACGAAAAGAAAGCAAAAAGAAACAAACAACGCACCUUUGUAUUCAAAGCUUGACUGAUCGAUUUUGGUUUAACCGACAUUGUAAAAAAUUUACAACUCCAAAACAGAAACCUUCAGAUAUCUACACGUACCAAAGCCUGAAGCAAACAAUACGUUUAAGAAGUCCUAUUUCGAACAAAAACAAGCUCUAGUUUGGAGCCGGAAGUACUAAAAAAGCGAAUAGAAAAUUACAAAAAUCUAGUCACUAGUGCACUCCAUCCUGGAAAAAAAUCGAUUCACAAUCUAAACCCUCAAUCUAACUGAACAACAACUAAAAACGCCACAAAGUUCCGAUAAAAUUCCAAAAAUAAACUGAUCAAAUGUGUCAAUUGAACUCCUCAAAUUCUAACACAAAAAUUAAGGAAAACAAAAGCAACUGAAAAUCAAGUGAAAGUAAAAAAUAGAUCAAUUACAUUGUUUUCGUUUCUACCAACAAACAAAACCGAAUAAAAUAUAGGAUACUCACCAAGCGAAAUUAAGGAUAUUCGUGUAUGGAUUCGUAUAGUACAGGUUUUUUUUUUAAAUUUAAUAAUAUUUUAGGAAAGUGAAUCAAGCAAAAUCAAAAAACCACUUCUUAUUCAUAUCAUAAUUGUCAUCAUCAUCAACAACAUCACUUUAUCUUCUUAUUUUAAACGAUAAUAAUGUUAGAUAUUUAAUCGAUUUGUUAGACGUUGGGAAAAAGAAGCGGCAUGAGCAAAGCAAUGGCAUCAUUAGUUCUGUAGGGAAAGUGACACUUUUACCCCGCUUAUGUUAUUCGUAUCUUUUGUAGAGUGAAUAAACGGAUUUCGCGCGAACAUCACGGCUUAGCAUUCAGCAUAAGCUGGGCACUUGGUUCGGGAUGGUUCAACUCGGUAUUGGAUAAGCCUACCGGUUUGAAAAACAAGUUCAAUUUUAGUUGCGAAUCUUAGUGUCUCAACUGUUAUCGCUAUGGUUACUGCGACGGAACUUUGAACUUUUGAUGUUUCAAACCUGUACACUGCAUGGUUGCUACGAUUGCGAAACUUUGAAACAAAAAAUAUUGUAAUUUAAAGUCCCUGCUAUCAGAAUAAGAGAGCACCAAACCAUCUCAAACCAGGUCAAUGGCGGUUUUUGAAUCAUUGGAAAAAAAUCAAACAAAAAAAAAACAGCCAACAAUGUGGUAGGGACAAUAUAGAUAUGCAUGAAACGUUAAAUAUUUAGAACAGUUGUUGGCAGCAAGUUGCUGAAAACAAAACACUAACAAGUAUGUAUUUCAGUUAUUCAUUUUUAUUAAGAUUCGUUUAGUUUCUCGAAAUUGACAUGACAUAUGAAACUCGUACUCAAAGCAAUUGCGCCGCUACCGCCACUACUAUUACUUACUACUAUUUCACACACAAAAUUGUAAUCUUACAGACUAUGGAGUUAUAAAUCUUGAUUGAUAAUUACUUUAUUAAUUUGCGAUAGAACAACAAGCUCUCUUCAAUUCAUUAACAGGUUUAGCCUAUGUAUUAUCGCCAAUCUUUAUUAUGCAUUUAUUGAGAUAGAUUUUUCUACCAGCCGACUGCUGCAGCACUUAUCGAAACUUUGUAACGCGUUCUCCUUCCCUUUUUUUUUCUUUGUAUGAUUGUAGCAUAUGAAUAAAAAUAUAUAUUUUUUUCUGAAAGUA